UACGUUCGAAAUUGAUGAUAAUAACAAAACAAAGGAAUAAAGAAGGCGAGUAACGAAGAAAAAUACUAGUGUUUGAAAGUGUUGGGUGAAGUUGUUCGUUUAAAUUAAAAAAAAAAAAUAAAAAAUAAAAAAAAAAUAAAUAAGUAAAUAAGAAAGCAAAAAAGAAAAGUGACAGUGCCGAAUAGUGUCGAAUACGGAGUGUGCAGUGGUGGCCUUUUACCGGUAUACUUAAACACGUAUGGUAUAAUAAAAAGCAAAAAGAAGUUUAUUUCUUUGAAAUAGAAACGUACUAGCGGUGAAAUUUUUUUUAUAGCAAUAACUGAGGAAGAUAGAGAUAGAGAGGGAUAGAGAGAUAGAGAUAUGCUUAGGUGUGAUGAUCAGACGAAGGGUGAACCUAAUCCUUGAACGCAUAAUCAAGCGAAUGUAACGUCGGGCGAAUGAAUCUUAAAUAAGAGUUUUGAUAUCGGGAGUCGUCUCGACGACGACGAGGAGGAGGAGGAGGAGGAGGAGGACGACGACGACGACUAUGUCAAUACUCGCAUACCGUUCGCGAGGCGUCUGAACGGUGCCGGGAUUGGUCGUUCGGGGCGGCGUGACGUCACUCCCGCUCAUGAUAAUGAGAGCUAAGUGAAAUAUGCCAAGGAGAAGAAAUGGGGAGAUACCGCUUCCGGACGGCUGGGAUGUCGCCAGAGACUUCGACGGAAAGGUAUAUUUCAUCGAUCACAACACGAGGAAGACAACUUGGAUCGACCCGAGAGACAGGUUUACUAAGCCCCAAACCUUCGCGGACUGCAUUGGCAAUGAACUUCCACUUGGAUGGGAAGAAGCUUACGAUAAGCACGUUGGAGCUUAUUACAUCAAUCACGUUAACCAAACCACUCAACUCGAAGACCCAAGAUUGGAAUGGCGUGCCAUUCAAGAGGCGAUGCUCAGGGAGUAUCUUCAGACGGCCCAGGAUGUACUGGAGGCGAAGAAGGAAAUCUACGAUGUCAAACAGCAGAGGCUGUGCCUUGCUCAAGACGAAUACAAUCACCUCAACAAUGCUCUUACAACCCUCGGAGCUUCUCGCACAAGUCUGUGCUCCAGCUCGAGUUCUUUGAGUACGAAGUACGACCCGGACUUACUCAAGUCCGAUGUCGCCCUCGCCAGGAGUCGCGUUUCGCGGCUCAAGCGAGAACUGGAGCAAAUUCGCGCAGAGAUGAACUGUACCCAACGAGGAGUCGAUACUCUUGCUAGCGUGGAGCAAAAGUUGAACGCGCACAACGGUGGAUGUUACAACAUCACGGAGGCUCAGGCCAUCAUGACCGAGUUGAGGAACAUACAGAAAUCCCUUAGCUCUGGUGAAAAGGAAAAGGCUGAGCUUAUGCAGUCGUUGGCACAGCUUAAGGACGAGCUGACGAGGCUACAACUGUGCGAAGGAAGUCCUGACGCGAGCACACUGAGUCUUCCUCAGGAGAAACUAAGCACAGCAUCCCAGACGGACUUGUCCGGCGAGUUGGUACCCAUCGGUACUAGGCUGGCCGAGAUGGCCAGGAUGAGAUUGCAGUACGACGAAGCGAGGAAAAGGAUACAACAUAUCCAGCAGCAGCUUGCUGAUCUUGAGGAAAAGGUGACUCCCGGUCAGACGGAAAGCGACAAGGACAAGCUGUUGUUGUUCCAGGAGAAAGAACAGCUUCUAAGGGAACUGAGGAGUAUAACACCGAGGACAAGAACUCAGCAGGACAUGAAGGAGAUACAGUGCGAAAUAAGGAGGCUGGAACAGGACCUGAACAACGCGCUUGAGUUGUCCAACAAAACUAUCACGGACAGAGUACGACUCCACGAGGAAAAACAGCUGCUGCUACAGCAGCUCAGAGAUGCUCUGAGGUCCAUGGCUCUGUUGGAGGGUCAGCUUAAGACCCUCAGUGCCAGCACCUUGUCCGUAAGCAGUAGCUCAAGUUUGGGCAGUCUCAGCACGACGAGCAGCAAAGGUUCACUUAGCUCUGGUCUAAGUUUCACCGACAUUUACGGAGGCCCGCAAUAUCUCGGACCUGUUCAACAGGAGAGGCCGGUGGACAUGGUCGAUCUUCACAGACGAGUCGAGAGACUGCUCAGGGGUUCGGAUCAGAACUUGGGCAACCUCGGAACACCAUCCCCUGGAAGGUCUCAGCCAAGUCUAUCGCCAAGGUCCAGUUUGUCCAGUGUUAGUCCGCCGGUGUCGCCUCUCUACGAGAAUGCACCCAUGGGUCCACCACCUGCGUACGAACAGGUAGAACAGCAGAGGAGGCAGCAGAGGCUUCUCGCCUCGGCUUCGCCCCUGGAUCGUAAUCAACUGGAAGACAAACUGGCUGAGCUCAGGCUGAGCCAGCAAGCGAUUCAGGAACAGUUGUCGGCGAAUUCCGAGCACUCGAAACUCAGCCCGCAACCGCCGGUAGAAUUUCAGUCCGGGAACAUGUCGCAGGGGAGCGGAUUGGGCAGGCCGGCAAUGCCUUUGCCGCAGGAACCGCCGUUGUCACCUAUUAGUGAAACACCUCCGCCACUCGGAACUAGGUCUAGGGCGAGCAGUUCUGGCACUAAUACUAGAUCCGUGUCGGCGGCGGUUUCCGACGAAAGUGUCGCCGGGGACUCUGGUGUUUUUGAAGCCUCGAACAGGAGACGAUUGUCCGGAUUACUUGGCGUUGAUCCGCUUGCUCUUGGAGAAAUGAACCUGGAGACGGCGCAGGUUCAAAUCAAGCUAAGGUAUUCAGUAAGCGACGGAUUGCUGCACAUUGGAAUAGAACGUGCAAGAAACUUGGCUGCGCUAUUUAUUCCUGACAACACGCAAGUAUAUAUUAAAGCAGCCUUACUCCCGAUGCAACCUCCAGUCAGUCAUAUGUACUGCACAAAGCCUGUAACAGACUUGCGAAAACCUACAUUUGGAGAAACAUUCCCCAUAUCUGUACCGCUUAACAAAUUAUACACAAAAACCUUGCAAGUCAAUGUUUGGUGCACUGGUGGUGAAUCUGAGGAGUGCUUGGGUUCAGCCCAAGUCUCGCUGGCAGACUUCAGUCAUGAAUCACCGAGCGUCAAGUGGUACAACAUCCUCUCCUUCCGCUUUAUGCAGCCAUCUACAUCCGAUACGACAAGUAACGGUAGUACAGUCGCUAACAAGCAGGGUAAACAUGACAAACAAGAGUCAGAUGUUUCAAUGUACAGAAGUACUCAAACCCAAAAUGCAAAGGAGGAAAGUAGCGACGAGAGUACCAUAAUAAGUUCCCAAACUUCUACCUUAACACGGAAUCAGGGAUGCGAAGAAUUGCAAACAGCCGUGGCCCUACGUCUUGAAGAAUUGGCCAACUGCCUUGGAAGUCCCGAGGAGGAAGAUGAAGAUGGGGAUAGCGAUAGCGGAAGUGAAGAUAGUGACCAGGAGGGAAUUAUUGUAGAGUUUAUGUUAGAGGACAACGUUCUAGAAGAUGUGUUGGAGCAUGAGGAGGACGAAGAACUUGCGGAAGAAGAGAAUCAAACACAGGACAAGGAAACGAACACAGAGUGUAUUUUCAUUCCCGAACAAGGAAAGCAACGAAAACUGUCAGCCGCAGGUGUUGUUCCUGGAGCUAUUCAUGAUGAUAAGAAUUCCAUUGUCAUUAAACGAAGCCAAACUUUCUCUCCCAGCGCAGCUGUCAGCAGAAAUCAUUACAUUUGCAGGUUGAACCGCAGUGACAGUGACAGCAGUAUGCCACUUUAUAGGCGCGGUGGUCCUUUCCAGCGGAACUCGGUUGAGAGACGUUCUUUGCGUUGGCGACGACCGUCUUCUGCCUUGAGCUGUAAAACACCUUCGAAAAAAUCAAAUCAUCCUAAUUCAACAGCAAGAACUUCUCUGGAUCUUGAAUUAGACCUACAAGCACAGCACGCAAGGCUGACCAAUUUGCAUGACGAAUUGGGUAGAUUAAGGGAUUUAAAACAGAGGCUUGAACAGGCCAGAGAAAAGGGGGACACGGAUCUUGCUACGUGGCUGUUGGAAGAUCACAAAUUUCAAAAUCUCAUGGCACAAGCUGAGUGCGGGAAGAACGGGAAAAGUGCCGAGGAUAAAAAGGUGGAAAAAAUGUUGAAGAAGACGUCUAAGGAAAUAUAUAAGUUGCGAAAAACUAAAGCUGGCAAGGGAAAACCAGAUAUUAUUUCCUUCAAGGAAAAAAUGGCAUUCUUUACACGCGUUAACCUGAAUGUACCGGUGCUACCUUCGGAGGAUUUGAUAUCUGAGAAUAUGACAACCCUGCCGUUACUUCCGCAUAGAAGACAUAUGUCGGAACCAGCGAGCAGCCAAUCUGUUGGAGUUUCUAAAACCAAUGUUUAUAGUGUGUCAAAUAAUCUAUUGACUAGUUUAACAAAUAACGCGUCAGCUGGUUCUUCAAGUGUCAGCGCAAGAACAAAUAAUACUAGUGGUGCGAUUAAAACAAAUUGUGUUACAAACAAAACAAAUAGUGUAAAUCAUAUUCCCGCAAAUGACUCUGGAAUCUUGACGACGGAAAAAUUGAGUCAACCCAGCCUAGAUACGGACAGUAACAAUAAACAGUGUCAGGCUGGUCAGACCGAAGUUAAUGUAAAAUCGUCGGAAGAAGCGUCGGAGAGUGGUAGCGGAGAACCUAAAAGGUACGAGUACGUUGUAGAUCGAGUACUAGGUGUCGAAGUGUAAAUAAUAAAUAAAUAGAGAUAUAAUACUUUAUUUUCAAUUAUAUCAAAUGUUAGUAGAUAUAUUAUACGAGUGAACUUAAGAAAAAGAAAAUUAAAUAAAAAAAGAUCCAGUUAACGAAACUUGCGAUUUCGUUAUUUAUUGUUUUGAAAAUUGGUACGUGUAACAGAAGUUAUACCUGUAUACCUAUCCAUAUUUUGACAACAUUUUUAAAUCAUAAUAUGUAGAACUACAUAAUAAUAUUGAAAUGUCUGAAAAUAUUCACGAUAAGAAACAUAGAAGAACAAAAUAGACGGAUGAACAAUUGAAAAAAAAAAAAAAUUUUUAUUACUAAACGCAAAUCACUGUACUGUACUGCCAUGUGGUGUGUGAGUAAAAUUACUUCGAUUUACAGUGAUGAAACUAUUAGGCACAAUUUUCUUAAUUUUUGUUAAUCAUUUUGAGCAAACAAUCGCUUCAUAAAUUUUGACACGAAAUGUAAUGAGGAUAAAUAUGUCAACCAAUGGCUCAUCCGUCUCACUUUAAGCACUUUUAAUGUACGACACGCUGCUUAAUAACAAUCAGUUUGAAUAAAAUUCUGUUACAGUACCAUAUUAUACAAUCAAGUGUUUAGUCAGGUGCCAUGCGUAAGCACAUAUUAAACUGAGUGAAUCGUGAAAUUACCACGAGCUAAGCAGUAAAAACGACAAAAACCGAAAGGAUUAGAUUUGAAGAGUUGCCAAUACCCCUUUCCGUUUUAAUGAGAUUUUUUUCUCUCGUAAUACGUAAAUAAUUUAAACGAAUACAAAGUGUAGAACUAUUAGUUAAUUUACAGGAAAACGAAAAUGAAAAAAAAAAAACAUAACAGCAACAAAACACACAAACAAACAAAACUGUCUGUAAAUAUGCAAGCAUAAAUUAUUUAAUUCCAAUAACGAUUAAAUAUUUAAUUGAUAAUUAAUUAAUUAACUGUCGUAGUUCUGAACAAUUUUGAUUGAUUUUUGACGAUUAUUAUUUUGUUUAAACUAGGGCACGUGACCCACCGAGCAGCUGGUCUGCGCUUUGAACAAAUUAAUUUUUGUGCCCUGGUGAGAUGGAGAUACGUUUAUUUUUUUUUUUUUUUUUUAUCCUAUUAAACUAAACUGGGAUUACAGGUAGACUAAAAUGAAGAACCGUCAGACUGAAUUAUUAAUUUUUGUAAGAAUCUUUUUUUUUUUUUUUUUCUACAUAUACGUACAUAUUUUGAAAAAAUACUGAUAGAAAAUAUCCCGGAGAUCGUGUCGUAAUACGAGUCUUUGCGAAAUUGUAUAAAGUAGCAAAAAGUGUUGCCAAUUUUUUUCUUUUUUCACGCACCGUGUUGCUAUAACAUUUUUUUAUAUACAUAGCUCGCAUAGUUGACGCAUGUAAAUCGUAAUUGUAUAAUAAUUGUUAUCCUUACACGCGUGAGUUCCCAUAGACAGAGAAUGGUAUAAAACUAUAUCAACAUGUUUUGUUUGGUCAAAUAUUAAAGAUGAAAAAAUGUUGUAGCAAUCGUUAUAACAAUUAAGAACCCGCAACAUUAACUGCCAAAUAAAGUAAUAAAUAUAAAUGAAUUAUUAAUUUUUGAAUAUAUACGUCUAUUCAACUAGAGAAUGAAAAAUCGAGUGAUAUGUAAGGUAAUUCAAACAUACAUACAUGAAAAAUAAAUCCAUCUGUUCUAAAUGUAAUAACAAUUAAUACAACAACAUGAAUACAUUAUUACAGAAAUACUGUAGGUAAAUUUAUCAUGUAUGAUCAUGAUAUUGCCUUGAAAAUAUAAAAUGAAAAGUGUGAAGAAAAAACAAACAAACAAACGGCACGGGUGAAG